AUGCUGAAUUCAAGGCUAGAAUAGGUGCGUUAUGCGUCAUGGGCUUGCCCUGGCCGAGUUUGUUGAGUUUGAACGUAAUUCAAUUCUUGUUCCUGCUGGCUUUGGUCACCUUUGCGCGCACAGAUGCAAAAUGUGACCUGGAGGUUCCACCCAGACCAAAGCAGCAGGAGACCCUGAAGGUGAUGAAGCGAGACUGGGUGUCGCAUGAAUUGGUAUCUGAGGUAGCAGCCAUUCUCCUUGAAGAUGUGCUCAUGUAUGAUGUUGUGAGACACCAACCAGAGAGUGGCCCGUUAGACGACCUCAAAGCCUUGUCCCUUGACAGGGCAGAUGCAAAUUUCGAGGUUUGGCAAGGAGGAAAGGAAAAGGAGCUUCACAAAUGGGUUGACAAUGGACAUGCCAGGAUCACGGGGGGUCACUCGAUGCUCGCUGAAGAUGGCAUCUACACAUUGAGGCACACCAUUGAGCGAUUCCCUGAAGCCGAGUUCUACCAGUACCUGCAGUCUCCACAGCUGCAGUGGGUCUUUGCCAGCAGCUCAUUCCAGAAAGGUGAGGCAGAAUCAGAUCCAAGUCAUCUCUGUGCAUCUCCGGCAUGGAAUUGCACCGACUUCAUUUGGCAGCCUCCGCUGUGCCGAAAUGGCACAAUGCGAUGUUUAGGCCAGGUGUUGCAUGACUAUCCUCACUACAGUCAGGGGGUGAUUGAACAGCAAAUCGCCAACAAUGGCUUGCCGCUGUCUACGGUCUAUCUGACUCGCCUCUCCAAGCAAAUUGCCAUUUGGAAUGCAUGGGCAUCAAAGAAAGACAUCCUGGUCAAGCACCACUAUCCAUCAGAAGGAGUUGACGGUGUACCACGUAGUGCUUUCGUUCCCAUCCAGUUCUCGCCUAAGCGAUAUGGAUGCAACGCUACGGAAACUGCAACUCCAGAGGGUGGUUUCAGUUGCCGGCUUGAGGCCAAACGGCUGCUGAAAGUAGCUUCUCCCAGAUUUAUGGACAGUGGAGAUGCCAGGUACUUUGCAGAAAGAUUCAGCUUGAACAGUGAUGACUAUGAUCGGCUCUUUGACCUAUGGCGGCACUAUGACGGGGAUGCUUAUUCUGCAGCUUGCAGUUGGUUGAAGGAGAAAGGUAGUCUCAAGUGGGGAAGCUGGAUCAGAUUCAGUAAACAAGUACGAUUUAUUCGAGAAUUCCCUCCUGUUGAUGGCUGCUUUCCGACCUUCUACUUCUUCAUGAUCUCCGCUUUGACAGUGGCCUUCGUCCACCAAGUUCUUCCCAGUUGUUUCAGGGCUUGCAAGGGUUGGUGCACUCGUUCCAAAAGUGACAAUCCAAAUUGGGAGCCCACAGAUCUCAGUGACAUUCAGAGACGAAUGAAUGAUCGUGCAAAUUACACCCUGCCUGACUUUACCUCCAAACUUGUCGCUUGUCGAAGCUCCUCCUUCGUUGAGGUGAAGAUGGCGCUCUUGCGAGGGUCAAUGGGCUUCAUGAGCUUCUUCAGAGACGAAGAAGAUUUUUGCUACGAUCCUGGAAAGGCCAUGCUACCGCCGCGUGCGUCUUCCUGCUUUCGCCAAUAUUUCCAGACCAGUCUCCAAGUGCUUGUAUACAUCCUCACAUCUGGCCUGGCUCACAUCGCCGUGAGUGCGCUCAUCUUUGCUCUCGCCACGGGCAUGGUAGGUGCCUUGUUGGCUGAAGUCAGAGCUACUAUGGAGAAGAACAAACAGGUAGAUCCUCUACUUCAAGUUGAAGAUUGGUACACAACAUGGCUCUCAAAGAUGCAAACCAUUACAGUUCUGAUGGAUGAUUUCAAGUUUUUGCCCACCUUCUUCAUAACAUACAUGAUCGGGCAGGAUGUAAGCCGUUGGCUUCAGUGGCUUCAAAUCAUGUUCAAAGUGCAAGGACGCCUACAUGAUGUGGCCCUUGUGGUUGCAAGCUCGUACCGGAAAGUGAACGAUCCAACCAUCGGAAAAGAACAGCGCCAAAUGCUGUUCAAGUGGUACAGGUAUAUCAAUGCCAUUCACUACAUGGGAUAUUUCAAACUUGCACCCAGUAUAGGAACCUCCGCCGAAGGAGUGCUACAGGACCUCCGCACUGUUGGCCUGCUUAGAGAUGCAGAGUGUCAGCAACUGCAGUUUGCUACAGCAAAACUGCGGGAUACUUUGGUGUCUUGGCUUGGUCAACUGUGGCAUGAGGAGCUUGAGCGCGGCUGGGUCCAGAGUUUGGAUUCAGACGUCUUCAUGCGCAAAAUCUGUGAGCUAAGAGGAGUUUUGGCGCAACUCAGCGAUAUGCAAGACAUGCAGAUCAGCCAAAUGGUGCGUGUGAUGAUGGUUGUAGUGACCAACAUUCUGCUUGGACUAGCCUUGAUUGGCUAUCCCACGAAGAUGUAUGAGCAGACAACGGAGUGCUUCCAAUUCUGGUAUGACUUCAAGCUCAAUCGCAGUCUGUCUGUAGCUGAAAGCACAGUUUGGCACUCCAGCUCAUCACUUGAGAAGCCGAGCAUUUUGCGUAGCCAGCUUAAAUUUGUAAUUAAGUGGAAUGUGAAUAGAAGUGAUGAGCUCGAGGUCCCGUCUAAUAUCCCGACUUGCUUUGGCAGCGGGCACAUUCAAAAGAUCCUGACCGAAACGCAAAAGCGUGGACUCUCCCUGACUGCACAGCUUUGCACGCUGUAAAUGCUUAGAUGCCAACAUCCGAGCCGCACAUUCCGAGCAAACUCGGUCAAUUUUCUUUCGGCGAGGACUCUAAACCAGCGGAACAAGGCCAGAAGAGCUUCCGCUUCUUUCCAGAUCCUUAUGAAUGAAUUCAAAGGCUCAAUUGGCAUCCAGCGAAGGUUUUGUAGUGCUCAUUCUUGGUACCUCAAAAGACCUGAUGCUUAGCAAGAACCUGAAGCAGCACAGGAAGGAAAAGAACA